AUGAAGGCACCUCAUGGGAACUACGCACAUCACAUUAAUUUAUUUAAGCCCCAUACUAAAAUAAGACUUGGUCGUACAGAAUCAGCUGUUUCCUCGCGUGUCCCACCAAUUUCUGUUGAAAAUCCACACAAAAUGUCUCCAAAGAAGCCUCAUGUAUAUCAUUCGUACCCAAUUCUAAUGCACCAAAUAUAUGACGGUCUUCCAGAGCAUGAACAACAGAACCAAAUACCUAAACCAAACAAUCCAGAGUUUAAAAAUAUAUUUCUCCAUAAAUUAAAUCUAGGUUGUCAAGUGUUUUCAGAUAUGGAUCCCAAUCAGCGAUUAGCAAAAAGAAUUGUCCUUCAUCAGGUUGCCGAAUGCAUCAUAACUUUAGGAAUUGGACCAUUCAUUGACUCUGAAAUGACUUCCAAAGUAUAUGAGAUGAUCUAUGUCAACAUAAAGAGACCUGUCCCAAAGUUCGAAUUGAAUCAAUUCCUUAAUUCUGAUUCCGGUUGUUUUUCAGUCCCAGAAUGGGAACAUCUCGAAUUUGUAUAUACCAUAUUUCAGAUAUUUUAUAAGACCUUUCCAAAAUUAGAAUUUUGGACGACACAAUUUUUUGAAUCAUUGAUCCCAUUAAUUAGUUCUCGUGAUACAUUAGAAAGAGAUAGGCUUGCUAUUAUUUUGUCUACGUAUUAUAUCAAUAAUCCUAUUCUUCUUCAUGGAUUUGCCCUGAAACUUGCAAAAAUUAUUGAAAACCAUUUCAUUACGCCCGAUCCAUGCGCUGUCUAUACAGCAUUAACAAUCUUCUCUAAUAUUAUUGCGUCGUCGAUCGAAAACAGAAACAUGGCUUUUAAUCUUUGCAAUAACCUAUGUAUUCAGUUAAUCCAAAACCAGUAUUUAUCCAUAUUUAUCUCUCCUUUUUCGAAUCUACUGAAGAUGAUCCUUCCUUUAUCCGAAACUUUGACACUAAUUUUGUUGAACGGAAUUGUGAAGUAUUGGCCAGUUUCAGACCCGGCGAAACAGGUUCCAAUGAUUAAGUUAAUCAUAGCUGCACUAUUCUCGAACCAUAGUAUGAAUGAUGGAGUCAUAUUAAAAAAAGUUUUUCUUCUCCUUGGAGAACUUUGUGACACAGAGUUCUUCAAAGUUGCAGACCAAGCAUGUAAAUGUCUUCAGGAAGAAGUUAUUCUUGGCCUCUUAAGCAACAAUUGCAGGGAAAUUGUUCCUUAUAUAAUGACACACGUCAGAUCAUCGUUAAAACAUUGGUAUGCUCCUCUCCGAGAAACAGCUCAGGUAACUCUCAGGGUAUUAUGCCAAAUUUGCCAAGAAAGACGUUCAGAUGAUAUAGGGUUAAAUGUCAGAACAUCAAAUUGGGUUUCUAUUGCGAGAACAGCAGCUAAAAAUGAUAAGUGCAUUAACUUGACUAAGAAACUUGGCGAAAUGUCCCAAUUGUUCGGUCCUUCAAACAAUUCUAAUUCCCAAGAAACUUUCUGA